AUGAAUCAACUCUUAUCAUUUCUUACAUUGGCCAGCGUGGCCUAUGCCACUUCUCUGGGCAGCGCAUGCACAGUUUCUCGCAUCCGCGACUCGCUGCCUGAGAACAACUACAUUCUAGGCGUCACCUUUGGCCAUGAUUCAGUAACUGCCAAUGCUGUCUACAACUCCUCCCACUCUGACGGCACUUUCUUCCCCGACGCGACGAUCGACUUCUGUAAUGUCACAUUCUCCUACACCCACAGUGGAUUGGAUCAGACAGUGAUCGUCGGCUAUUACCUGCCCGCACCCGGUAACUUCAAAAACCGCUUCCUUGCUACUGGAGGUGGUGCCUAUGCUAUUCAGUCCGGUUCGAUGUCUGCACCUGGUGGCGUGAUGUAUGGUGCUGCGUCCGGCUUCACCGACGGAGGAUUUGGCAGUAUGGAUACCGACUUUGAUGAAGUUUUCCUGCUCAGCAAUGGUACAAUAAAUUGGCCGAUCGUGUAUAUGUUUGGCUACCAGGCUAUCAAGGAGAUGACCAUUAUCGGCAAGCAGCUCACCCGGAACUUUUAUGACGUGUCCAACAGCACCAAGGUCUACUCGUAUUACCAGGGUUGCUCUGAGGGAGGUCGUGAGGGAUGGUCUCAGGGUCAGCGCGCUGGUGAGGAGUACGAUGGCUUGAUUAUUGGUGCCCCGGCCUUUCGUUAUGGCCAGCAGCAGGCUAACCACCUCUAUUCGAACAUUGUUGAGAAGACUUUGGAUUACUACCCUCCGCCAUGCGAGCUCGAGAAAAUUAUGAACGAGACGAUUUCCGCUUGCGAUCCCCUGGACGGUCGUAAUGACGGUGUGGUCUCGCGUUCCGAUCUCUGCCAGCUGCAAUUUAAUAUGAGUUCGAUCAUCGGCCAGUCAUACUACUGUGCUGCGUCCACCGCUAGUAGCCUUGGUCUCGGAUUCGGCAAGCGUCAAGCUGCCUCAGCCGAACCUGCCCAGAACGGCACUGUGAGCGCCGAAGGUGUGGCUGUGGCCCAGAAGAUUGUUGAUGGACUGUUUGAUUCGAAGGGUCGCCGUGGGUACAUCUCUUACCAGAUGGGCGCUGAUUUCAAUGACGCUCAAACGGCCUAUAACUCAACCACUGACGAGUGGGAACUGAGCAUCGCUAGUUCAGGCGGUGAAUGGGUUUCCCGUUUCCUGGAUUUGAAGGACGAAGACAACAUUUCCACCUUGGAAGGUGUGACAUAUGACACACUCGUCGGCUGGAUGAAGGAAGGAAUGACCCGCUACAUGGACUCCCUCCAGACUACUCUUCCAGACUUGACGACAUUCCAUGAGAACGGUGGUAAGGUCAUUCACUACCAUGGCGAGCAGGAUAGUUCGAUCCCCACCGGUUCUUCUGUCCACUACUAUGAUUCUGUUCGUCAGACCAUGUACCCGGGCAAGUCGUACAAUGCUAGCAACAACGAACUUCAGGAGUGGUACCGUCUCUUCCUGGUGCCCGGAGCUGCUCACUGUGCUAGCAACAGUGCUCAGCCCAACGGACCCUUCCCUCAGACUAACUUCGAGGUUAUGGCUCGCUGGGUGGAGCAGGGCAUUGUACCUCAAACUUUGAACGCUACGGUUCUCUCAGGUGAUAACAAGGGCUCAAAUGAGCAGAUCUGUGCCUGGCAUCUUCGUCCCUACUGGAAGGAUAGCGGAAAAACCUUGACCUGCGAGUACGAUCAGGCUUCGAUUGACACUUUCACCUAUUCCUUCGAUGCCUACAAGACGCCUCUGUACUAA